AUGCUUGUGAUCGGUCUCACAGGCUCGAUCGCAACGGGCAAAUCCACCUGCGCCCAGAUCUUGUCCUCCCCUCCGCACUCGCUGCCCUUGGUUGACGCCGACCUGCUCGCACGAAAGGCCGUGGAACCGGGCACAUGGGGAUACCGGCGCAUAGUCGCGACCUUUGGUCCCACCACACCCGACCUCCUCCUCCCCGCCUCGGAUCCCCAGUGCGGUGGAAAUGAAGACGGGCCGAACGGGAAGGGAAGACCGCUGAACAGACCUGCGCUGGGGAGAAGGGUUUUUGGCAACACAGAGGAGAGGAUACGCGACCGGAAGAAGCUGAACGCCAUCGUCCACCCCGCGGUGCGGUUCCUGAUGGCCCGCGCAAUGCUGUACUACUAUUUCCGCGGGUACUGGGCCGUCCUGGUCGACGUGCCCCUCCUGUUCGAGUCCGGCCUGGACAUCUUCUGCAGCACCGUCAUCGUCGUCGCCGUGUCGGACCCGGCGAUCCAGAUGCAACGCCUCCGAGAACGCGACCCGCAUCUCUCGCCCGAGGACGCCGAGAACAGAGUCAAAAGCCAGGUGGACGUGCGGGAGAAAGCUGCACGGUGCGAACGUCGAAACAACGGCAAGCCGAACGCGGGCAAAGGCUACGUUCUCUACAACGACGGCGAUAAGGACGAUCUCAAGCUCCAGAUCGCGGACGUCAUGGCGAAGAUCAAGUCGCAGAGUCCGCGGUGGUGGAGUCUCCUACUCCUCGUCUGCCCGCCUCUCAUGGCCACAGUCGCUUCCUGGGAAGUCCUUUGGAGCUGGUACGCGCGGCGAAAGACCAUCAAGGAGAGAGGUGAAGAAAUGGCCAAGCCGAAAUGA